GUUUUGCGCGGGGAGCUUGUGCGGCCACAUUGUGGCGGUUGUGGCCUUGUGGGGGUAACAAACAGGGGCUACCUUGCGUGUGCAGCCUGAUUUUCGCGCCCGUCGGGUAUGCUGCACUAUGCAGGCAAAACUAAAUCGGCAGUCUACGAGUUUGUUACGAUUGCUUGCCGAUUUUAAAUUGGAUCAAAGAUGGCUGAAAUAUUUUGGCCAGGGAGUGUUCUUUAUUAUUGUUCGUGCAAACUCGCUUCGCCUUUCACGAGCUUGUACUUUUGUCGUUACUGUAUCGAGAUACGAUGCCAGUUAUGUGUUUACACCGAGACUGAUUCAUAUUUCUGUCCAAAUUGUUUGGAAAAUAUGCCAUCAGCUGAAGCAAAACUGAAGAAAAAUAGAUGUGCAAAUUGUUUUGAAUGUCCCUCAUGUGGUAAUGCUCUGUCUACUCGUGCAACGGCCAUUGCAAUGCCCUCAGACAAUCCUGAGGAGAAAGCAACUGCAAAGAAAGUAUUUUACCUGGCAUGUGGCUUCUGUCGAUGGUCAACUCGUGAUGUUGCUAUCCCAGACAGGAAUAAUGCAAGCAGUGGAUGGCAGGAGCCAGACAAUCCAGUGUCAAAAAGAGUGAACAGCCUGGUGGAUUUUUAUAAAAAACUGGCAACAAAGGAACAGCAGGAUCGUGAAAAAUUGAAAUUGAAGAAAAAAAGUUAUAUUCACAUCACAUCAUCUUCAAGUUUUGCAGCAAAGACUGGUAACCUGGGGCUUUUAAAGAAAAGAAGUAGUUUAUCUUUGAUGAGAAGUCUCUCCCUAAACAGAGGGAACGGUGGUAUAGAACAAGAGAUUGUGUUUUCCGAGCCUGCCAAAGCAACGGAACAGCCAGCUCGUCAGGACUUGUACACGGAAGUUGUCAAGCUAGAGAAAUCAUCUUCAAUAUCUCAAAUGGUGGCUCAACCUGACUUCCAAAACGCACAAACCUGUGAUUUUUUCCCAAGGCAUAAGCACUUAAUUGCAAAACGCUCACAAAGAUGUAGGCAAUGUGAACACAAUGUUGUGAAGCCAGAGUUUAAUCCUAGCUCUACAAAGUAUAAGAUCCAAUUUUUUGCUGGAAAUUACAUCCCGCAGAUGCAAAUUUCAAAAGCUCCGCCGUUUUCUCAUCAGAAGAAAUCUCGAGUGAUCCUCUCGCUAAAGAACCCGUUGGACUAUCCAGUCAGUGUAAUCCUUAAAUUAGCCCGGGAGGCUGACUUGGAACAAGAGGAGGUCACGAAGGGGGAUUUGAGGGAUAACCAGGAGAAAGGUGAACUGGAUGAACAGGGAAAAGAAGAGAUGAAAAGGGGUAGAAGAGGAUCUGAUAGUCUAUCUGAAAAAGGAUUAGCUAAAGUGCCGAAGAUUCCUGUGGAUAAUAGUGGUGAUAACGGGAUCCUGGAGGAUACGGUUGAGGUCGUCUUGCCAUCAGCUCCACUACUUAUAGCCGCCAAAGAUGACGCAGCGGAAUUCGAUGAAAGCGAAGUAACGACGACAAAAUACGAAGACGAUCCGAAUAUUAUCGCGUCACGUAAAGCCAAUAAAAUCUGGUUCUAUGUUGAUGUUACCCCGCUUAAGACUACCGGAGAUGCACAAUUCUCCCUUCUGCUAAACUAUGAUUAUAAAACAAUCCCGUCUUCAGCGUCGAAAGUCGGAGCAAAGGAAGGACAAGAGGGGCCGAAGAUUGAAACGAUCCAUCUUGCACAUCGAGUGCAUUUGACUCUCGGAAAAAUAUCUGAAAGUGAACAAUAAAUAGUAGAUAUUUAGAACUGACAAUUUUGAAAUAUAAUUUGUUAAUGAUAUAUAUAUAUUUAGCGGCAAGAGGAUCAAUUGUU